UGAUAAGAAGAGUCCGUCAAUUAGAUUGAACUCAUCUUCAACAUCCGAUCUGUUGGAACUUAAAGAAUGUUGUCGAGUGUCGCGAUAUUUUUAACCCUGGUCGCGGGAGUUCUUUACGGCUUGCACUACUUGGUUCGCGGAGGCAGGAAAGGUGAACUCAUCGAUAGAAUACCUGGACCACACGCUUGGCCGAUCAUUGGCAACAUUCUCACCUUUAUAGUACCUCCAAAAGAAUUAUGGAACGUGGCUCGCAGGAUGAACAAGGACUAUUACCCCAUUCAUCGGAUUUGGAGCAUCGUAGUUCCAGUCGUGACUCUUUAUCAUCCGGAUGACGUGGAGGCUUUAUUUUCAAGUGUAAUCCACAUCGAAAAGAGUUACAUAUACAACUUUCUUCAUCCAUGGCUGGGUACCGGUCUUCUAACCAGCGGAGGAAAAAAAUGGCACGAACGACGGAGAAUACUCACGCCAGCUUUUCACUUCAACGUACUGCAACAAUUCGUCGGAAUUUUCAACGAGCAGAGUGAGAAACUCGUGCAAUCGCUUUGCCUUCAGGGCGACGAAGUCGUCGACGAUCUUGUCCACCUCCUCCACAAAUACACGCUCAACUCGAUUUGCGAAACCGCGAUGGGCGCGACAUCGGACCUAAAUGGGCAAGUUCAGAACGAAUACAGGUCUUGCGUUUCGGAAAUCGGAGAUAUAGCGCUUUAUCGGUUGCUUAGACCUUGGUGGCACUUAGAAUGGAUGUUCAAAAUCUCCCAAAAAUUCAAAGAACAAGUUCGUGCGCUGAAAGUUCUUCACGGUUUUUCGACAAAUAUCAUCAACGAUCGUAAACGGUAUCACGACGAGACCGGAGGUCGAUUUUUAAAAGGACUUGGCGGUGACAGCGAUUCGAGUAUCUACGAUUUCAACGAUGAAAAUGUUAAAGGUAAACGACGUCUGGCUAUGCUCGAUCUACUGAUCUCAGCUUCUAGGCGUGAAGGCAGCAUAAGCGACGAGGGAAUCAGAGAGGAAGUCGAUACUUUCAUAUUCGAGGGACACGACACGACCGCUAUGGGAUUAUGUUUCACGUUGAUGCUGCUAGCCGAAAACAAAGACAUUCAGGACAAAGCGAGAGCUGAAGUCGACGAGGUAUUCGAAGGAAAAGAGGACAAAAAAUUGUCAAUGCGCGAAGUCCAGGGCUUGGCUUAUCUCGAAAGAUGCAUUAAAGAAUCCUUGAGAUUGUUUCCAAGUGUGCCGUUCAUAACUCGUUAUGUAUCGGAAGACUUGCAACUCAAGAACUACCUGGUGCCCGGUGGAACAGGUGUUCACGUCCACAUUUUCGAACUUCACAGAGAUUCCAAUUUCUGGCCAGAUCCAUUAGUCUUUAAUCCGGACAGAUUCUUACCCGAACAAAUGCGAGGACGUCAUCCGUUUGCCUUCGUGCCUUUCAGCGCGGGACCACGAAACUGCAUCGGUCAGAAAUUUGCGAUGCUGGAGUUGAAGGUGCUGAUGGCACAUUUCUUGCACAAUUUCUAUUUGGAGCCGCUCGAUUUGUCAUGCGAUGUAGAAAUCUUUCCAGACUUGGUGCUCCGGCCAGCAAAACCUGUUCGCUUGAAAUUCGUCCGAAGAUCACAUAAGAAUGAAACAAUUCGGAAGCAAUAUUGCUUGACUUCAGCGCGUGAUCUUGGAAAUUACAAAUUCAUCAAUAAAGAGCUCAAGAAAUGCAGGCGAUUAAAGAUGUUCGUAGGAAUAAGAUCGCAUGCUAGACUAAGUCGCAUAAACUAUGAACGAAAAAUGGGAAUUACAGAAAUGGGAAAUAAUAAUUAUUCGUCAAUCAUAAAGAUAGCAUUGGAACGAUCAUGGAAGAAAGAAAAACUGUUCGCUCGAAUAAUUAUUUCAAAUGCCUGCCGCAUAUAUCUUCACGUCUCAGAUAAACAUGUUUAUGUUGAAGUAUCAAGUGUUCACUUAUUUCGAUACGAGAGCUUGUCAAUAGAGACCAAUAGAUUGCUUAAUCAAAUUUAUAAACGCUUGUCUAGCGCCCGAGUUAAGAGAUCCGAAAAAAUGUUGGGUAUUAUGCUAUUUCUUACCCUGAUCGCGGGGGUUCUUUACGGAUUCCACUACUUGGUUCGCGGUGGCAGGAAAGGUGAACUCAUCGGUAGAAUUCCUGGACCAUACGCCUGGCCUUUCAUCGGUAAUACGUUGAUGUUUCUAGUGUCUCAUGUCGACUUAUGGAAGGUGAUGCGCAAGCUGAACAAGGACUAUUGCCCCAUUAAUCGUGUCUGGACUGUCAAAGAUCCAGUAGUUAACGUUUAUCAUCCGGACGACGUCGAGGCUUUAUUUUCAAGCGUUAGACAUAUCGAGAAGAGCUUCUUGUACGAUUUUAUCCAGCCGUGGUUCAACACUGGACUUUUGACCAGCAAAGGAAGAAAAUGGCACGAACGACGGAGAAUCCUCACGCCAGCUUUUCACUUCAACGUAUUGCAGCAAUUCGUCGGAAUUUUCAACGAGCAGAGUGAGAAACUCGUGCAAUCGCUUUGCCUCGAGGGCGACGAAGUCGUCGACGAUCUCGUCCACCUCCUCCACAAAUACACGCUCAACUCGAUUUGCGAAACCACGAUGGGCACGACAUCGGACGUGAAUGGGCAAGUUCAGAACGAAUACAGGUCCUGCGUUUCAGAAAUGGGAGAUAUAAUGCUUUACCGGAUCCUCAGACCUUGGUGGCACUCAGACUGGAUGUUCAAGUUCUCCAGAAAAUUCAAAGAUCAAGUUCGCGCGCUCAAAGUUCUUCACGGUUUUUCAACAAAUAUCAUCAAUGAUCGUAAACGGUAUCACGACGAGACCGGAGAUCGAUUUUUAAAAGGACUUGGCGGUGACAGCGAUUCGAGUAUCUACGAUUUCAACAAUGAAAAUGUCAAAGGUAAACGACGUCUGGCCAUGCUCGAUCUACUGAUCUCAGCUUCUAGGCGUGAAGGUAGCAUAAGCGACGAGGGAAUCAGAGAGGAAGUGGAUACUUUCAUAUUCGAGGGACACGACACGACUGCUAUGGGAUUAUGUUUCACUUUUAUGCUGCUGGCCGAAAACAAACAAAUUCAGGACAAAGCGAGAGGCGAGGUCGACGAGGCAUUCGAAGGAAAAGAGGACAAGAAAUUGUCGAUGCGCGAAGUCCAGGGCUUGGCCUACCUCGAAAGAUGCAUCAAAGAAUCUUUGCGAUUGUUUCCGAGUGUGCCGUUCAUAUCUCGUUACAUAUCGGAAGACCUGCAACUCAAGAACUAUUUGGUGCCCGGGGGAACGAUCGUUAACGUUCACAUUUACGACCUUCACAGAGAUCCAAAUUUCUGGCGAGAUCCAUCGGUCUUUGAUCCGGAUAGAUUUUUACCCGGCCAAGCGCAAGGACGUCAUCCUUUUGCUUUCGUGCCUUUCAGCGCAGGACCGCGGAACUGCAUCGGUCAAAAGUUCGCUAUGCUGGAGCUGAAGGUGCUGAUGGCACAUUUCUUGCACAAUUUCUACUUCGAGCCACUCGACUUUUCCAGCGAUGUACAAAUCCUUCCCGACUUGGUCCUGCGACCGUCGAAGCCUAUCCGCAUGAAAUUCGUUCCGAGAUCACAGAGUAAUUAAGCCGAUCGUCGAAUGACUGUCUUGGAUUUUAGUCAGUGUCGUUUGCUGCGCGACGCUGCCGCAAAUUGUCAAUCUUUUUACUUCACGGCCUUUCCGACAGCACCGGACGAGAACUGACUUUGACACAAAUGGUCCUAAACACUUCUGGCAAAAUGCUUCAAAUUUUUUUACUCAAUGAGCUUCAAUAUUGAAUCCGUUUACACCCCACAACAGCAGCAUUUCCAUUUCUCUGAGGACUUUUACUCUGCGCCUUGUAGUGUAUUUCUCUUUUACUCGUAUGUUUGUGAUAACAUUAAGAAUCAACUUAAAUCAUCAGCAUUAUCAAUUAUA